AUGGAACCAAGUCGCGGGAGUGUUCAACUUUCGGGAAGGGGAAACCGGGCGCGUGGCAUUGAUGGUGAUUGUAACGCAUCCGGAGAUUCAGCCGGGAUGAGCGGAAGUCAUGCUGACGUGGAGACGAAAGAUCUAGGCGAAGAGAAGCAAACGAGGAAGGAGUCAGGGAGUAAAGGGCCGGAAAAAGGGGAUCAAGAAGCGGAGGAGAAGGGUGAGAAGGGAAGAAGGGAGAAAGGUGAUAAAAGGGAGGCAGUGAAAGUCGAUAAGGGGGAGGCGGUGAAAGGCGAUAAGGGGGAGGCGGUGAAAGGCGAUAAGGGGGAGGCGGUGAAAGGUGAUAAAAGGGAGGCGGUGAAAGGCGAUAAGGGGGAGGCGGUGAAAGGCGAUAAAGGGGGAACGGUGAAAGGGGAGACGUUGAAAGGUGAUAAAGGGGAGACGGUGAAAGGUGAUAAAGGGGAGCGAGAGGACAAGGAGGAAAAGGGAGAGAUUCUUAAGGAGGGGGGGAAGGGCAAGGAAGGAAAGGUAGAGGGGAAACGAGGGGUGGAUGGGAAGGUGAUUGGUAUGGUGGGACUGGGGAUGGCAACGAGCGAAGGCUCAAGGAAAGAGGAGAAGGAGACGGGCGAAAAGAGGGGGAAAGGAGGGGAGGAGGAGGGGAAGGAGCGAAGGGAUAUGAAGGAAGGGAAGGAGGAGAAGAGAGAGGACCGAGGGAAAGGAGGGGAGGAUGAGAAGGGGGGAAAGGAUACGAAGGGAAAUGGGAAGGAGCGGGAGGAGGAUAGAAGGAAAGGGAAGGAGGAGAAGGAGAAAGGGGAUAAGAUGGAGGCGGGGGAGGAGAAGGGGGGAAAGGACGGGAAGGAGAAGAAAGAGAAGAAGGAGAAGAGGGAGGAGGGAAAGGGAACGGGAGAGAAGGAGGAUCUGCCGAAGGAAGGAAGGGAGACGAGGGCUAAGAGCGAAGAGGGGGAUGAGAACAGAAAAGGGCAUCAGGAAGGGGGGGGGGAGAAGAAAGAGAAGGGAAAGAAGGAGGAGGAGAGGGAAAAGGAGGAAGUGAAUCGUGGGGAAGUUAAGGGGGAGGGGAAACAGAAAGUGGGGAAUGAAGAGGAGAGGAAGGAGGGGAACGAGAGAAAAGAGGAGAAGGAGAGAAAAGAGGAGGAGGAGGGAGAGAUUGCUGCUGAUGAGUACAAAAAGGGGAAGGAGAAAGGAAAACGCGUUGAAGGGGGGGAGGAGGGAGAGAUUGGGGAGGAAGAGAAGAAGGGUAAGGAGAAGGGGAAGGAAAAGAGGGAGGAGAGGAGGGAGGGGGGUGAACAGAAGGAGAGGAGGAAAGAGAAGGAUGGGGAGCGGAAGGAGAAGAAGGAUGAGAAGAGGAAGGAAGGAAAGGAUAAGGAUGAGAAGAAGGAAGGGAAGGCGAAGGACGAGAAGAAAGAAGAGAAGGAGAAGAGAGAAGGGGAGGAGGAGGAGAGGAAGAAAGAGAAGAGGAAGAGGGAUGAGAAGGACGAGGAGAGGAGAAAGGAGAGGAAGCGAGAGAGGAGGGAGGAAAAGAGAGCGGAGGAGAAAGGAGAGGGGAAGAGGAAGGAGAGGAAGACCGAGGAGGGACAGGAUGUGAAGUCGAAAGAGAGGAAAGAGAAGAAGGAGAAGAGGGAAAAGGAAGAGAAGCGGGAGAAGAGGAGUGAGCAGCCUCUUUUGAGCCCUGGACAUUCCGCAAAAGGUCGGAGCUCUGUUGAGGGUGUGAAAAGGGCUGAACAGCCGGUCGAAAGUUCAGAUCAGGUUAGAGGGAGUAUUGACAUGUCUGUGAAUAUGGACGGCUGUUCGAAAGGAAGCCCGGGUCAGUCUAUAGCGAGUAUGGCCAGUCCUGGGGUGAAUAGUCUGGAGGAGGGAGAGAGGAGGAGGAGUGUGGAAGGGCGGGGGGAGAAGAGUGAGGAAGGGAAGGAGGCGAGGAGGAAGAGGGAGGAUAAGGAGAAGGAGGAGAAGGAGAGGAGGAGAGAGGGGAGGAAGGAGGGGAAGAAGGAGGGGAAGGAUGAGAAGGAUGAGGCUAGGAGGAGGGAGGAGAGGAAGGAGAGAAAGAGGAAGGAGAAGAGGGAGAGGAGGGAGGCUAGGAGGGGGGAAGGGCGGGAGGAGAAUAAGGGGAAGGGAAAAGGGGGUGAUGAUGAGAAAGGAGAUAAGGAAGAGGUGAGAGAGGAAAAGAACGUGGGGGAGAAGGAGGGGUUGAAGGAUAGUGACCAACAUAAGGAGGCGGAUGGGCGAGUAAAAGAGGAGAGAACGGAGGGAGUGAGAGGAGAGGAGCAACGAGGGACGGUGGAGAGCAGGGUGGAGAAAGCAGAGGGGAAAGGAGGGACGGGGGAGGGCAAGGAGGAAGGGGCGAAGGAGAAAGCAGAGGAGAAAGGAGGGAUGGGGAAGGGCAAGGAGGAGAAAGAAGAGGCGAAGGAGAAAGUAGAGGAGAAAUCAGAGAAGAAAGCAUGGAUGGGGGAAAUCACAGAGGAGAAAGAAGAGCCGAAGGCGGGGCAGAAAACCGAGGAAGUGGAAGGGAAUGCAACGGGGAAAGCAGCGGAAACAGCAACGGCGAAAGCAGAGGAGAAUGCAAAGGAGAAAGGAAAGGAGGAGGCAAAGCAGGAAGCGCCAGAAGCAGUGGCUCAGCAGAAUGAGAGGAAGGGCAGCGGUGGUGUGCGUGGGGAGGAGGGGAAGGGGAUGCGUGAACAGGAAGGCGAGGUGACUUGCGAGUCGAAUCAAGAGGAAAAGGGGAAGCUUGGAAAGGAUAGGGAUGGUCGGGAGCAGGAGCAUGCUCAAUCCAAGGGAGGUGGGGCGACGUGGCCAAAGGAGAUAGCAGGAGCGAAAUCAGGGGUUGGGGAUGGGCAGAGACAGGAGCGUGCUAAACCAAAGGAGGUGAGCCAGGAGAGAAAGGAUGUUCAGAAGGAGUUGAUGGGAGAAGCGGGCUUGGAUGGUGAGGGGCGACAGUUGAGAGUUGAGCCUGAGCGUGUGCUUCCAAGGGGUGGUGAUGUAGACGACGGGAUAAAGGGGAUGGUCGAUGUGACAGCAGCAGGGGAGAGAGGGCUGGUAAAAGAAGGGGAGAAAGGAGAUGGGGGAGAUGUGGUGAGAAGAGAUACAGGGCGAAGUGAAAGGGAGGCGGGAAAGAGAGUGGAGGAGAAGGGGGGAGAGGAAGUAAAGCUCUCCCCAGUCAGAGUUGCUACUGCCAGCCCUCCUGCUACAGCUGCCAGCCCUCCUGCUACAGCUGCCACCCCUCCUUCCAAAGCCGCCAAACCUUCUGAAACAGCUGCUGGCGCCGCCCUUCCUGCUCCAACUGUCAGCCCUCCUGCUACAGCUGCCAAGCUUUUUGAAAAAGUUGCUAUCCCUCCUGCUACAGCCGCCAUCUCCCCUGCUACAGUUGCUAUCCCUCCUGCUACAGCCGCCAUCUCCCCUGCUACAGUUGCUAUCCCUCCUGCUACAGCCGCCAUUCCCCAUGCCACAUCCCUCCCCCCUCUCAACACAGCUACCACCGCUCCUCCUGCUACAGCCACCAGCCUUCCUGCUACAGCUGCCACUGCUCCUGCUACAGCCACCAAACCUUCUGCAACACUUUCCAGCUCUCCUGCUACAGCCGCCAUCUCCCCUGCUACAGCUGCCAUCUCCCCUGCUACUGCCUCUACCCCUCCUGCUACAGCAGCAGCAGCCGUACCACAAGAAUUCCCUCCUCCCCGUUCCUGUAACUCUCACUCCACCGCACCUGCCCCUGACCACCCAUCCAAACCUAAUCUCGAGGCGCCUGAGAAACCCUCCGUCCCUCACUCCGCCAAACCUUCGCAGAAAGCCGCUUCUCUUCUAGAUUCACGGGGUCUCCCCUCCAGCAACUCGGCAGAGCAGGCUAAGAUUGCACUCGAGUCGUCUCCGGAACCUUCCUGCCCGGAUUCCCGAGGCUUCCCUUUCAAGUCGACUCAAGAAACCCCCUGCCUGUCGUCUCAGGGUUUGCCGUUUGGCUCGACUCAAGAAGCUUCCCACUUGGAAUCUCAGAUCCUUCCUUUUGGCUCGACUCAGGAGAUUUCUCGGAAGGAGCUGGCACAACGUGACGUGCCUCCCCCGGUGCUGCCUCCUCGCCUGGACUCCUCGAGUGAGGAACCUUCCGGGAAGGAGCUGGCACCGCCACGUGACAUUCUUCCCCCGGUGCUGCCGCCGCGCGUGCGUGUGUCGAUCACUCUCACUCCGGAGGAGGUGGAGGCGGAUUUUAGGGCGAUCACGGGGCAACCACCGCCCCAGCUCCCAAUGAAAAAGAGAAGGUGGGUGCACCUUGAGUGUGCGGUGUUCCAUUGCUUGAUUGCCUCCCUGACUUGCAAUCCCCGGUGCUGCCGUCAAGAGUGCAUGCGUGUCUCGAUCACUCUCACGCCUGAGGAGGUGGAGGAGGAUCUCAGAGCAAUCACGGGGCAACCUCCGCCCCAGCUCCCAAUGAAAAAGAGAAGGAAGCUAGAGGCGGCAAACGGGUGGGUCGGGGUAGCACCUGCAGGCAUGGAUGAGCUGCUGCCUUUCUUUCUAGGCGUCUCAGUUACAUCCCUAUUCUUUCCGUCACUCCCUUUGCUUGACCCCACAGGAAACUGGAGGAGGCGAACGGGUGGGUCGGGGAAACUGGAGGAGGCGAACGGGUGGGUCGGGGUAGCACCUGCAGGCAUGGAUGAGCUGCUGCCUCUCUUUCUAGGCGUCUCAGUUCCAUCCCUAUUCUUUCCGUCACUCCCUUUGCUUGACCCCACAGGAAACUGGAGGAGGCGAACGGGUGGGUCGGGGAAGCUAGAGGCGGCAAACGGGUGGGUCGGGGUAGCACCUGCAGGCAUGGAUGAGCAGCUGCCUCUCUUUCUAGGCGUCUCAGUUCCAUCCCUAUUCUUUCCGUCACUCCCUUUGCUUGACCCCACAGGAAACUGGAGGAGGCGAACGGGUGGGUCGGGGAAGCUAGAGGCGGCAAACGGGAAACUGGAGGCGGCGAACGGGUGGGUCGGGGUAGCACCUGCAGGCAUGGAUGAGCUGCUGCCUCUCGCAGAAGAACCUUUUGAGAAGCUUCCUCUCCCAAGCAGCAGCAACAGCAGGGGCAUGCAGCAGCCGGGUAUGGAACCGUCAGUGCCUUUCAAUCGACCUUUUGACUCGAUACUGGAAGAGCCGAGGAGAGUGGGGGAUAGAAAUGUUGGCCUGGUGCCGCCGCUGUUGUCACGGCCUAUGAUGGCAACAGAGGAGAAUGUGCUGGUUGGCAAUGGCAUGGCUGCUCAAGCUGAGGACCGGGUGGACAGUAUUGGUAGGAGGCUUGAGGAAAUGAAUGGUAUGAGGGAUGGAGAGGAGGUGGGAGAGGGGGAGAGGGAGAGGGCGAGUGCGGGAGGAGUGGGGAAGAAGGAGAAGGGGGUGGAAGUAGAGGGGGUUGGGAAAAGGGACAAGGAGGGGAAGAAGAAAAAGAAGAAGAGGCAUGAGAAGGAUCGAGAGGGGAGAGGGGGGGAGAAAGGGGAGGAGAGAAGGGAGGGUAAGGGAGAGGGUAAGGUUGAAGGGAGGAAGGAAGAGAAGGGGGAGAGCAAGAGGGAAGGGAAGCAUGAUGGGGAGGAGAGGAGGGAGAAGAAGAUGAAGAAGCAUGGCAGAGUGGAGGGAGGGGAGGAGAGGAAGGGAGAUAGAUCGGCAGAGGAGGAAGAGGGCAGGUUGAGAAUCUCUGCAGGAGCAGCAGGAGUAGGAGGAGCAGAAGGAGCUGGAGAAGGAGGAGGAGGAAGAGGAAGAGGAGGGGAAGGAGGGGCAGGAGGCAGAGAGAAGCAAGCAGAGGAGCAGAGAGAGAAGGAGGAGGGGGGCGAGGAGGAGGAGGAGAAGGAGGAGGAGGAAGAGAGAGAUGGGGAGAAGAGGAGAGGAGGCGUUGGGAUUUGGCAAAAUUCAGACAAGAUCCGAUUCGAUUCUCUAGUGAGGAGAGAUAGGCGGGAAUCGAUUGCAGAGGGACGGAUGGAGGGAGAUAGGAGAGAAGGGGUGGGUGAGCAUGGGAAUGGAGACGCUAGGGGUGGAGAGAGGGAGAGGGAGGGUGGAGAGGAGAAGGGUGAGAGAGUGGAGCGGGAGAGGAGAAGGAGAGGGAAGGAGCGGGUGGAGGGAGGCUCGGGAGAAGGCUCGGAUGAAGACUCGGAAGAGGAUUUCCCUGGGGAUUACAGGGAGGGACAGGCUCGGAUGAGGAGGAAAGAGGCUCGGAAACGAAGGAGGAUGUUUUGGGAGUAUGGGAAUGGGGAAGAUGGGGAGGAGGACGAUGGGAUGGGGAUGUGGGAGGAUGAGGAGGAGGCAGAGAGAGGGGUGGGGAUGGGUGGGUCGGAGUGGUUUCUAGCAGGGUUAUCUGGGGGAUUAGGCGCAACCGGAUUAGGGGCGCUUGCAAAUUGUUCCCCUUCUGCUACUGCCGCAGCAGCUGGGUCUGCAGGGGGAGGAUCAGGGGGAGGAGCAGGGGGAACAGGGGGAGGAGCAGCAGGAGGAGCGCCUGGGCAUCCGGGGGUGCCUGGAGUGAUGGUGAUGAUCCCACCUGCGGAAAUCGUAUCAGAUUUUGUACAGAUCACGGGGAAUCCGCCGCCGCCGCCCAAGAAGGGGUACCGCUACUGGCGAAACUUCAUCCCAUUCCAG